AUGAGCAAACCAGAAGACGUUCCCUCCCAGUCGGAGGCCCAUUCAUCCACAUAUUCUAAAGAGCGAGACCUCGAGACGGGCACAAUUACGCAGCAUGGCCCAGACGACCCCGAAAACCCCAGGAAUUGGCCGUCAAACGUCAAAUGGCACUACACCUUGGCCGUCUCGGUCUUCACCUUCAUCUCCCCAGUCUCAUCAGCCAUGAUCGCCCCGGCGCUGGACAAGCUUGGAAAGGACCUCCACAUGACGAGCAAGGUCGAAAAUAACCUGGCGCUUUCGAUCUUUGUGCUAGCCUACGCGAUCGGUCCGUUGGUCUUUGGCCCUGCCUCCGAGGUGUAUGGUCGCGUGCGCCUCCUUCAGUUCAGCAAUCUAUGGUAUCUGGCGUGGAACCUUGGCUGUGGCUUUGCGCAGACACCGGCUGAGUUUUUUGUCUUUCGCUUUCUUGCUGGUCUCGGCGGAGGCGCUCCGUUGGCCCUGGGUGGUGCAGCGAUCAGUGAUGUUUGGGAUGCAGAGCAUCGCGGAAAAGCCAUGGGUAUCUACACCUUAGCGCCAAUGCUGGGCCCAGUUAUUGGACCGAUUGCCGGGGCCUUCAUUUCCCAAAAUACCACAUGGCGCUGGGUCUUCUGGUCCUCUAGCGCUGCGGCCGUUGCCAUCCAGGUCGUCGGCUUGAUCUGGCUACACGAGUCCCAUCCAGCCACCCUUCUAAAAUGGAAGCGGAACCGUCUGGCCAAAGAGACCGGGAACGACCAACUGCACACUAGCGAAAUGGUCGAGCCCCUCAUCCAGAAGAUCCGAGGCGCCAUGAUCCGACCAGUCGGCAUGAUCACAACACAACCCAUCAUCGCAGUCACCGCUCUAUACUUAGGCUACCUCUUUGGCAUCUCGUAUCUGAUGGUGACCACCAUUCCAGAUGUUUGGGCAGGCUGGUACGGGGAAAGCGAAGGAAUUGCUGGACUCAAUUACAUCUCGAUUGCCAUCGGCUCGUUUGCAGGUCUCUUCCUCAACGUGCUAUACAUCGACCGGAUCUACCAAAAUCUUAAGGCGAAGAAUGGCAAUGUCGGGUGCCCCGAAUUCCGCAUGCCCACCAUGUUCAUCGGGUCGUUCAUCUUCACCGCUGGCCUCUUCUGGUACGGAUGGAGCGUUCAGGGCCAUGUACAUUGGAUUAUGCCCAAUGUUGGCGUGGUCAUCUUCGCUGCCGGCACCAUGGGAUGUCUACAGGGGAUGCAGAUGUAUAUUAUCGAUUGCUACACCACUUACGCGGCCAGUGCCAUGUCUGCUUGUGCUCUUCUUCGCAGCUUAGCUGGCUUUGGGUUUCCCCUUUUCGCUCCUUAUUUAUACUCGGAUUUGGGCUAUAGAUGGGGGACCAGUGUAUUGGCCUUUAUCAGUAUGGCAAUUGGUAUCCCUGCUUCAAUUGUCUUCUGGAAGUAUGGAGCUAAGCUUCGUGCUAUGUCGACAUAUGCCAGUGGUUGA